GGGGGCGGAAGUGCUCUUCGGCUCAUGGAAGCUGUCAACACGUGUGUUUUGUGUAUGUAAAGUUGAUGUGUUGACCGCGGUACCAUGGCUAGCUCCUCGUCUGAUGAACUUACAUCAGAUAGCGAACUGGAUGAAAUAUUUGAAUCAGCUUGGAGCAAAACAAGCGUGUCACUGUCUCCAGAAAAGAUAACAAAUAAAGGAGACAUAGAUCAAACUGAUGGAAGUAAUUCGGACUCAGAAUCCGAUUCGAAUGAUCAAGUUCCUUUCGUUAUAGACAAGACACCCAUACGGAAACACCCGAGUACAUCUGAAGUCAAGGAAUCCAGUGUUUUAAAUACUGACUCACAUAAUCGCAGUGACAAUUCUGAAUUAGGGGAAGGGAGCGAUGAAGUGUCGUCUUUUUUCGUUAUAGAUAAAACGCCAUCUGCUGAGGAUGCCAGUACGUCUGGUUCGAGAACCAUUAUAGAAGAUUGCAGUGAAGAUGGCGAAAGUCUACACAGGGAGAAAAGAAAAAGUACAAAACAUAAAAAUAAAUAUGACAGAAGAAAACUCGACAAAAGCCGCAGCAUGGAACUAUCAUCUUCUUUGCAAGUCAAGUCGGACCCUUCAGAUAUUUAUAUAAACUUUCACUCCGUUCAUGCUCCGCAACCAAAAUACAAAGCUCCAACUGAACGUGUUAGUAAAGAACUUCAAGAGAUAAUGGCCAAGAGUGUGAUCACACCAGACUUUGAAAAGAAAGAAAGCAUUCCUUCCCAUGAGGAAGGAUUUAGAAGAAAGCAGAAAGAAAGAAAGAAAGCACGAGAACAGACCAAGGGGCGAGGAUGGUACAACAUGCCGAUAGGUGAGCUGACAGAAGAGAAGAAGAAUGACCUCAUUGCCCUGAAAAUGAGGCGAGCCCUUGACCCCAAGAGGUUUUACAAAGGAGAUGACAUCAAGGGAUUGCCCAAGUAUUUCCAGUUUGGCACCGUGGUUGAGGAUCCAAGUGAGUUCUACAGCUCUCGCAUCACGAAGAAGCAGCAGAAGACGUCCAUUGUUGAGGAGCUGAUGGCGGAUGCCGAGUUCAGAAAAUUUAAUAAAAGGAAAUAUGCUGAGGUUCAAGAGCUCAAGGCAAAAGGGCUUGGGCCAUAUAAGGGCAUCCGGACUACGAAAAUAAAGAGGAAGAAGAGGAAGUGAAAGCUACAGUGACAUUAUUCGGGCAAAUAUUCGACUUGUGAAAGAGGAAAUAUAUGUAAAUAUAUACUGAACUGGUUGUUGUAACAAAGAGACCCAUAGAAGAGCAAAUAAAUAUGAAAGGAUG